AUGAAAUAUCUGAAAAUGUUUCCUAUCGUACAUACCAUACCUCUGAACGCUCUUGAUCAACCUCCAGAAAUACCACCGUCUUGGACUUGGACCCAGUCUUACCCAAACACGAUCAGCAUAAGGGAAAAGCAGCUAAUGGAAACACUCCAAUUUGUUUUGACUGGCUUUGUCGAUCGAUCAACAAGUUUACAUCAACGUGAAAGUAGACAUGAGCGCACAUAUUUUGUGAAAUACGUGGUUCCAAUAUUGCAGACAUUUGGCCAACAGAAUGAUUGCCUGAAUUUUCAGUGGUGUGAGGUCCAGCUGACGUUUUUGAUGAGAUAA